CCCUGGGUUUAUGUGACAUGAAGUGUCUUUUACAAAAUAAAUCCUUGGUGUUAGAGAGGUGAGCUGCUCAGAGUGACCGUGGGCCUUGAGGGUCAUGUGACCACGGGAAUGGGGGAGGGGGUCCCUGGACUUUGGACCCCAGAACGGAGCCCCAGGGGACUGAGAGAGAUCCAGCAGUAUUCACCAUGUGGCUGCAGCUCCUCUGUCUCUCACUCGCUGUCUGCGUCUCCCGUCCUGCUGCAGUGUUCCUUGGCCGGGAUGAGGCCCACCAUCUCCUGCAGCGAUUUAGGAGGGCCAACUCCGGCUGGUUCGAGGAGCUGAAGAUGGGGAACCUGGAGCGGGAGUGUCUGGAGGAGAAAUGCUCGUACGAGGAGGCGAGGGAGACGUUCGAGCACGAGCAAGCUACAGAAGAGUUUUGGAAGACUUACAAUGUUCAAGAUCACUGCCAUUCAAAUCCAUGUCAAAACAACGGAACCUGCACCAGCCAAUCAGGAUCGUCCUACACGUGCUUCUGCAUUCCACCUUUCAGUGGGCGAAACUGUGAAUUGGUGUUCAAAAAAACACCGGAUAACUGCUUGCACCGUAAUGGCGAGUGUGAGCAUUUCUGCCAAGAGGCUGAUGGUGUGCGCCACUGCUCCUGUGCCGAUGGGUAUGCCCUGGACGCGGACGGACAGCACUGCGUCUCGCAAGAGAAGUUUCCUUGUGGGAAAGUCCCGGUCCUGCAGAAUGAUGAAGCGAAUGGGGACCACAGCGGAAAAUCCCUCGGCAGGAUCGUUGGAGGAACCGUGUGCCCGAGGGGUCACUGUCCUUGGCAGGUUCUGCUGAUGUAUGCUGACAAGGGCUUCUGUGGUGGGAUAAUCUACAAGCCCGACUGGGUCCUCACAGCCACCCACUGCCUGGAGAACAAAGAGGCCAAGUACCUUAAGGUGGUUGUAGGGGAGCACGACCUGGAGAAGAUCGAGGGCUCGGAGCAGAUCAUUCAGGUGGCAGAGAUCGUGAAGCACGAGCACUACAAUGCGAAGACGUCAGACAACGACAUAGCCCUGCUGCGCCUGCAGGCGCCCAUUGUGUUCUCGCUCUACGCCGUGCCCGUGUGCCUGCCGCGGCGUGAGAUGGCCGAGCGUGAGCUGUGGGCCGUCACGCUGCACACAGUCAGCGGCUGGGGCCGCCGCAGCGAGCACGGGCCUACGUCGCAGGUCCUGCGGCAGCUACAGGUGCCCCGCAUCCGCACGGCCGAGUGCGUGGAGAAGAGCGGGGUCAAGCUCACCAUCAACAUGUUUUGUGCUGGCUACAUCGAGGGUAGGCAGGACUCCUGCAAGGGCGACAGCGGCGGCCCCCUGGUGACCCGCUACCAGAACACUUGGUUCCUGCUGGGAAUCGUCAGCUGGGGGAAAGGCUGCGCCCAGCCAGGGAAUUAUGGGAUAUACACUCGGGUGUCCAACUACCUGGACUGGAUCCACCUGCGGGCAGCACCAGCCAACAAAACUGUCAGUCCCACCCUGGCAUCCAUACAUGCACCAAACCACACUGUCAUCUAAAUCAGUGUUUCUCAACUGGCGGGUCACGAGUUGUCGUCAACCUCCCCAGUCAACGAAAUUGGGUUGAGACCAAGGAAUAAUGUGGGUCUUGAGCAGGCAUGUAGUAAAAUUAUGGGUUUCAAUCCUCCCCAAAAUUGCCGUUACCGAUCAGGCAGGCAGCCAGGUAGUAAAAUCCUGCAAAAUUUUCUUUAGCUCCUUGGUCAGAAAAAUCUACAUGGGGGAUGUAGCCACCAGUAUCUAUCAAGGGUGAUCUAUUGGUAGGGUUGCUGAACUCUCCAUGAAAUUUAUUUCUGGCUACAGGCUUGGUCCUGAGGCUAGACCAUUUGAGAAGCACUGAACUAAAUCAUUGUAACUGAACGCCUAUUCUCAUCCACUCAAAAUAUAUGGAACCACAAGCCACAACAUAAAAACAUCUGGCUGCUUUUAGUUGAUCCAUCAUGCUAUUUAUACUCUUCAUGUUUAUUUUCUCUUAAGCCCAGAAGGUUGUUGGGUCAUAGCCAACUGAGCCAUCCCAUCUCCUAAAAAAUAAAAGGUGUACCAAUCA